GCGGCGGCCCAGCGCCAGGACGACGCCGCGCAGCGCCCGACGCGGACCACUUUCAUGCUGAUUCCCCCGGACCCGGGCAGCGCUCCGGCCACUCCGCGGGCCGCCGGCCUCCGCCCCGGCCUGCCUGGCUCUCUGGGUGCGCCAGAGACCGGCGCCUCUGCUCUCCUAGCCCUCCUGAUUUCGAUGGCUUUCCUGAAUGGCUGACUGUGGGCUGCCCUGGACUUGGCCCCCGGACAGUCGCCUCUCCUCCUCCUCCUCCUCCUCUUCCUCCUCCUACUCCAACUCCUCGGCUGCACACCAGCUCUGAGAGCGAGAGAGUGAACGAGAGAGGGAGGGAGAGAGUGAGAGCGAGGGAGAUCUUUGGAGAAAUUUUUUUUUUUUUUUUUUUUUUUUUUUUGCCUCCUACUUCUGUCUUGAAGCCAGACAAUCGACUUGCAGCUCUCCCUCCCCUCCCUCUCUCUCCACGUUCUGCUCCCACUUGCUCUCCCCCGGCCCCAUCCCCUCCCCUCCCGGCGGAAAGCCCCCCGAAAGCAACAAAGCUGAGCCGAGAGAAACAAACAAAACAAACACACCGGGCCAGACAAGCAAUCGUCAAAACUUUGCAAAGCAGAAACAAAAAAGGAAAAACUAACCAACCUCAACCAACCAGACCCCGAGCCACCCGGGGCGCCCUCUCGCACCCUUGCACACACAAAAGGCGGCGCGCCGGAGCCCGAGACCCGGGAGCCGCCGCCGCCAGCAGCCAGGGGAGCAGGAAGUCCGGACGCGGCCCCCAUAGAUAUGGCAAUGGUAGUCAGCACGUGGCGCGACCCCCAGGACGAGGUGCCCGGCUCUCAGGGCAGCCAGGCCUCGCAGGCGCCGCCCGUGCCCGGCCCGCCGCCCGGCGCCCCGCACACGCCACAGACGCCCGGCCAAGGGGGCCCGGCCAGCACGCCGGCCCAGACGGCGGCCGGCGGCCAGGGCGGCCCUGGCGGUCCGGGCGGCGACAAGCAGCAGCACCAGCAGCACAUCGAGUGCGUGGUGUGCGGGGACAAGUCGAGCGGCAAGCACUACGGCCAGUUCACGUGCGAGGGCUGCAAGAGCUUCUUCAAGCGCAGCGUGCGGAGGAACCUGAGCUACACGUGCCGCGCCAACCGGAACUGUCCCAUCGACCAGCACCACCGCAACCAGUGCCAGUACUGCCGCCUCAAAAAGUGCCUCAAAGUGGGCAUGAGACGGGAAGCGGUGCAGAGGGGCAGGAUGCCGCCCACCCAGCCGACCCACGGGCAGUUUGCGCUGACCAACGGGGACCCCCUCAACUGCCACUCGUACCUGUCCGGAUAUAUUUCUCUGCUGCUGCGCGCCGAACCCUAUCCCACGUCGCGCUUCGGCAGCCAGUGCAUGCAGCCCAACAACAUCAUGGGCAUCGAGAACAUUUGCGAACUGGCCGCGCGGAUGCUCUUCAGCGCCGUCGAGUGGGCCCGGAACAUCCCCUUCUUUCCUGACCUACAGAUCACCGACCAGGUGGCCCUGCUUCGCCUCACCUGGAGCGAGCUGUUCGUGCUGAACGCGGCACAGUGCUCCAUGCCCCUCCACGUCGCCCCGCUACUGGCCGCCGCCGGCCUACACGCCUCGCCCAUGUCCGCCGACCGGGUGGUCGCCUUUAUGGACCACAUACGGAUCUUCCAAGAGCAAGUGGAGAAGCUCAAAGCGCUGCACGUUGACUCCGCCGAGUACAGCUGCCUCAAGGCCAUAGUCCUGUUCACCUCAGAUGCCUGUGGUCUCUCUGAUGUAGCCCAUGUGGAAAGCUUGCAGGAAAAGUCCCAGUGUGCUUUGGAAGAAUACGUUAGGAGCCAGUACCCCAACCAACCAACGCGAUUCGGAAAGCUUUUGCUUCGCCUCCCUUCCCUCCGCACGGUCUCCUCCUCAGUCAUAGAGCAAUUGUUUUUCGUCCGUUUGGUAGGUAAAACCCCCAUCGAAACCCUCAUCCGGGAUAUGUUACUGUCCGGCAGCAGUUUUAACUGGCCGUAUAUGGCAAUUCAAUAAAUAAAUAAAUCAAGAUAAGAAGGGGGAGUGAAACAGAGAGAAAGAAAAGGCAAAAGACUGGUUUGUUUGCUUAAAUUCCUUCUAUUAAGAAAGGAUAUAAAAGGAUGUUACAAGUUUGCUAAAAGAAGAGAGGGGAAGAAUUUAAUGGACUGUGAAUUUCAAAAAAAAAAAGACUGUCAAAUGAACUUUUACAGAAUGCAUUAAAAAAAAAAAACUCCUGUGUCGGUCAGAACAACUUGCUACUUAUCAUUUUUGUAUAAAAAGGAAAUUAGUCUUUUUCUUUUUUUGGUAAAUUUUGGAAAAAUAUUGCUAAAAGUGCAUUUAAGGAGAUUGGGAGAAAAUUAGCAGAAUGGAGAAAGUAAGUCUUUUUUUUUCCAAAUUAUUAAUUGUCCUGUGUCUAUGUACCUCUAGCUGUUCUUUUUUGUACUUUUCUGGUUCCAAACCAGUUUAUUCUGUGGUUCUAUAAUAAGUUUUGAUAUAAUCUUGGCUUCUUAAAAACUGUGUAUCCUUAAAAUAUAUGUUCUGCAAGAAUUAAAACUCAGUCCAUGAAAAUAUCAUAGGAAGACAUAAAACUUUAAAAGGCAACUCAAAGAUGAUGGAAACGCACUUACAAGUGGUGACCAAAAAUUUUAGGUGAAGUUGAGCACUCUAAUUGGAGAACUGGAGGAACCACAUACAACACUUAACUUCCCCUACCCUGCCCCGCCCCCCAAAAAAACGAUACCAUGACAAACCUAGCUUUUUAAAAAUAUUUUAAGAAAGAGAAUGAACUGUGGAAUUUAUUGGCAGCCAAGGAAUGUGUCCAAGACACAUGCUGAGGUUUUGAAUAAAAAGUGAACUUUUGUAAUUUGAAUUGGGUCCCGCUUAGUUCUUGAAUUGUUAUGAAAAUCCUAUAUCUGUUUGUAUAUUUGCAAACCCUUUGUAUUAUAAUUGUUGAUAUUUUCCCUUUUUAAAAAAUACCAUUGAAAUCAGCAUGACAAAAUAACACUGUUGGCACUUAUAGGUAACGUGAUUGAUUCAGUAUCUUAGAGUUUACAGUUUGUGUUUUAAAAAAACUGAAGGUUUUUUUUUAAGUGCAACAUUUCUGUAUACUGUAAAAGUUAUAAUAACUGAACUGUUUGGUCGAGUCUUUGUGUGUUAUAUUCCAAGGAAAAUUGAAAGUAUUCAGAAAUUAAAAUAUUAUUUGAUAUCUGAAA